UUGACAAUGGCAGGCAAAUUCCUGACUGGCGUUGCCCUCAUCCUGGCCAUUGCAGGAUCCUGUCGUGCGGGUUUCGCGGCCACGUACGCUGGCUACCAUCCUGCCUACGCCACCUACCAGGCUCCGGCUGUCUAUCAUGCUGCUCCAGUGGUUCAUGCUCCGGCUGUCUACCACCAGGCGGCACCCGUUCUGACCAAGACGGUGGUCCCGGCAGCUGCUCCACUGUACACCAAGGCCUACGCCGUGCCCUCUCCGUUUGUCAAGGCAGCAGUGGCUGCUCCUCUGCCCGUGCCCGUGGCGGCGCCAGUGGUUAAGACUGUGGCUCCCGUGGCCGUCGCUGCUCCUGUCCUGAAGCAGGUGGAGUACGAGUCCUCGCCGCGCUAUGACUUCUCUUAUGGCGUCCACGAUAGCAUCACCGGGGAUAUCAAGAGCCAGGUGGAGACUCGUGACGGCGGCAAUGUAGUGGGCUCCUAUUCCGUCCUUGAUGCCGAUGGCUUCAAGCGCACGGUGACUUACACCGCCGACGACAUCAAUGGAUUCAACGCUGUGGUCCAGCGAGAGCCAGUAGUGGCUGCCCGAGCUCUGGCCACUCCUGUGGCUGUGGCUGCCCCUGCUCCUGUAGCUGUGGCUGCUCCUGCUCCUGUUGCUGUGGCUGCUCCUGCUCCUGUUGCUGUGGCUGCUCCUGCUCCUGUUGCGUCCUUCCAAUCUCCCAUUUACUAUCCCCACCAGCAAGUGUUUGCUCCGCAGCAGGUGCAGCCGGUGGCUGAGCAGCAGGGUGAGGUUGUGGAGGCUCCUGUGGCCACUCCCCCAGAGCUGGAACCCACGCCCAUCGACUACAACGAGGGUCAGGAGCAGCAGCAGCAGCAGACCUAUCCCCAGGAUCAGCAGUUCCCUCCCUUCUCGCCAGCUCCCGCGCCCGAGAGCGAUGACUCCGAUGUGGUGGAGGCACGUUCCGUUCCAGAAGCCAGCAGCACCACCUCCACCACCGCGGCUCCAGUUACCGAGGAGACCAAGAAAUCGGCUUAGAUUGCUUUGUGCCUGGAAAUACUGUUAAACGAACUUCGAAAAUAUAUAUUAAAAUUGUGAAUUAUGGUUUAAAUCUUUUGGACACAGGAAAGAAAGCUAUCUUUGGAAUUUCG